AUGCCUCGAUCGAAUAUGAAGCAUAUGCUCUUUUCUGGCGAGGAGUCAGCCCCUCCUAUCGAAUCGAUUCCGUACCUCCAAACAGGACCAAAGACUGGUUCUAAUCGAGAGUGGAGCAAGCCUCAUGCAGGAAAAGCAGAAAGGAACGAAAACAGCGAUAGUCGAUUUUUAAAGAUUCGAGCCGAAAAGGGCGGGAAAUAUGUUGACAUUUACUCGCUUUGUUCUGUUUGCAAAACGAAGAACUCGGGGCUUGUGGCGAUGUGUCUGCGAUGUGGCCAUGGCGGUCAUUUGAGGCAUGUGCAAGAAUGGUUUGCGAGGGAGGAUGGCGAAGAGGAAAGGAAGUGUGCUGUGACCUCUUGCCAGUGUCAUUGUGUUUUUGAGAGAGAUUUUGUAUCAUUGUGGACUAAGGUCCUUAGCCUUUAUUCCUAUGUCUUGUGUGCUAUUAUAGUUGUAUUAAUAUAUUCGGUUGCCACCACAAAACCUAGUACUUCGAACACCAAUUCUGCGUCUGUGGAUACUUGCAUUCACCCGACGCUGAAAUAUGAAGUCACUCCGUAUUCUAUUACGGGUGAUGUGGUAACCGAUAUAUUGGCAAUUUUCGUGCUUAUUGUGGAUGAUACGACGCCUCCUUUUACGUCUGAAUACGUUAUUGAGAAUGGUAUUUUUCAGGGGAAAUUUGUGAAGGGGUCGAAGUGGUCCGUUCCCGUGGAUAAGUAUUACAACUUCCCCGGGGCCAUUUAUAUUGCUGGUGUGUACAACCACAACAAUUGUUUUACCAGACCUAUUUAUAUUAAUUUGCCUCUAUACAGCUACAUCCUUGGUAACGAUGUUUCUUUUGAGGCGACCUAUGUGAAGGUUAACGGCAGCAAGUCGAUUAUUAUGCGAGGAAACACGGCAAUGGAGACGCAGUAUUAUUUGAUGCUGAGGGAUUCUUCCUCCUACAUUCUGGACGUCGAUUUGUUCCAAGAUGCGAACUACGUUGGAUUAGGGAAAUUCGGCCACUACUUCACCUAUCCUGUCGAUGAUGUCCCAUCUUCGUACCACUUUGCUUACAUCGGCUGUCGCGUGGAGAACAGCAAAAGCCGCAUCAUGGAAGUUCCUCUGGACAAUCCGCUCAUCGUUCCCGACCCUCCCAGACAUCCUCCUUCCUCUUGUACCUCAUUGAAUCGAUUUGUUGAUUCGCGUAGACAUCGUUCGCGCCAAACUCAAGCAGCGGAACCGUCCAGAGCGUGUCGGUAUCCCCUUUCUUUCCUCCUUUCUCAUCUCCAGACCAAAACAAAAACUCGGGAAAUCUCAACGCCAACGUCUCGAGUUCGCUUCUUUCUCGGAGUUCACGUCUAGACACGAAUCCUGGGUCUGGCGGCGCGUCGCCGAUCCGCAUUCGUCAGGUCCAGACGCUGCAUAACGCUGUGUACGUGCGCUGCCUGAUCCUGAACGGACCCUACGACGUGUAUUACAUGGUCCGACCGGAGAGCAAAGUCCGCAAAGACCCGACUGAACGCGAUGUGAUGCGAUACGGAGAGCAGGCGGGGCAAUUUAGGGACACUUCGUUCGAUAUUGUGGUGACGGAUUAUGUGAGCUCGGUGCGAAAUGUGAUUUAUAUCGUGGCGGUGCGGGGAAGGACGAUUCUGGGACCGACGAAGCGGAACUUCUUUCCGUAAAGGAGGGUUGGGUGUGUGGCUGUGGUGGCAUUUUGCGUUUUU